AUGGAUAUGGAACCGAAGGGCGAGAUAGCAGAGUCCAUAGCCCGAAAUCCAGGCUAUUGCGACACUCCUGACAUUGACUACACCAAAGGCUAUUCUCUGCAGCAAACGAAGCGAUGGACACCUCAUACUAUCUGUGUCAUUGGUGUGCCUGACAACCAGAUGUACAGAAUCAGAGACCCGAAGGAGAGCCUCUACUUUUACUCAAGUGUUUUGGGCAUGACGCUGAUCAAAAGAGUUGAUUUCCCUAUGGCUGAGUUCAGCAUGUACUACAUGGGAUACGUCAAGGAUCCUGCUGCCAUUCUUCUCGAUCCGAUGGAGAGGACUGCAUACUUAUCCAACUGCCAUGCUACUUUAGAACUUGCACAGUUAGCAUAUCAACUGGGGGUCAGAACACGAUCCAGACUACACAGGAUAUCACCAAGACUUCAAAGGCUUUGGUGUGCUGACAGCUUUUUCAUGUUAUUGAUUACGUUAAUCGUGAUUCUGAAAACUGCUCAUGAGAUUCAUGAUUUCAUUUUAGAGGGUCAUUGUUCUACUCAUCACACCAUCCUUGAACGCAGUGAAGAAUGUCGCAUAUUUUGUAAUCUGGAAUUUUAUAACUUGGUUUUAGUGUUGAGGCUGGGAAUAUCGUUUGUAAAGAAACCAGAUGAAGGAAGGUUCAAAGGACUAGCUUACAUCAAAGACCCUGAUGGCUACUGGAUUGAGAUUAUUGACAGUGAGCAUAUGUGUAAGUUGUUCAGUUAG